AACAGUUUCCUUUUCUCACUUGCGCAACUGUCAGCAAUGUGUCUCCAAACUCUCAAACUCAACACUGUCCUAAUCUCUCUCACUCUCUCCUAGAUUCGGUUCUAUUAUUACAUUAGUAUUCCGCUUCUUAAUCUUCCGUUUCACUGUUUAAAGCGUCGUCGGUUGCUGUUCCCGUGACCCCUGUGAAAUCGAGUUUGGUCUGUCGGGGAUUGGGGGAAUAAGUAAAUUUGGUGAAUUUGGAGGGGAUUAUGGUCAUGGCGGAGAAUGAGGCUGGGGAUGAUCAGAAGGAAGUCAAGUCUCCCUGGAAGACUCCCGUGAUCGACGGGGAUAAGGCGGCUGAUGCUUCUGUCAUGGGGACUGAAUCUUGGCCUGCGCUUGCUGACUCCCACAACCGCUCUAAUACUCCGCCAGCUGCUUCUGAUGCGCCUACUGCUAUUCCAACAACUGGGCAGAUUUUCAAUUUGUAUUUUGGUGUUUUAUACUCAUUUGUCAGUUUAUUUAUUUAAAAAUUUUAGCAAAAUUGUUUAUCUUAGUGUAACCUGUCUGCCUGUCUUUCUGUUCCUUUCAUUCAUCUCUGCUUUCUCUUGUGCAAUUGUAUAUUUGCACGUUUAUCAUUGCUUUAGUUGGGAGUAAUGCGAGUGCCAAGAUUUAUUUAG